AUGAUCAGGCCUCGCCAUGGAGUUCCCGCCUUGGUGAUCGCGAGAUCCUCCCAGCCAGGUAAGUUUAUGAGCCGUCCAGUGACGCCCAUCCCCUCUUCUGCUGCCUCCGACCCGCAGCGGCUCGCGCUCGGAUGCACACUUCAUUGGAGGACGCCAUCUCUCGCCGUCAGACCGGCAGAGAAGAGAGAGAGCGCGCGGAGUGAGAGGACAGGGGGAGGAGAGGCGCGCUGUUUUGGGGGGAAAGUCGCGUGGGGUCGGUUGCAAGGAAAGGAGGGGGUAUAUAACCCCGACGCAUUGCACACGAAUCGUUCUUCCGAGAACAUAUACUAAAAUUGGAACAAUACAGAGAAGAUUAGCAUGGCCCCUGCGCAAGGAUGACACGCAAAUUCGUGAAGCGUUCCAAAUUUUUCGACUAAUUUUCUAUUUUUAUUAGUUUUUGUAUUUUUUUAAUUAUCAAGAAGUUUUCUAGAAUAAGUUUAAAUAAUCAUUCCGAGAAAAAUUUUUUAAAAGAAAUUUCAGGUUUUCUUCAUUUUCUUGGAACUUAGAUAUGUCGAAAAUGCUUCGAUUUCAUGUUUCGGGGCAGUUUUAUAGAAAUAAAUUUAUUUGAAAUAGCGAUGUAGUUGCUGCUUGAUUGGCUUUUUCAUUUCUGGAGUUUUCAGUUUGAAUGGGUGGAAAUAAAACUACUGGGAUACUUUUAAAUCAAUUGUGGAAAUCCUUGACUUUAUCAUGCUGAUCAGGUUUUUUGACGCGAUCGUAACGGUAUAAAAUUUUUUCCAAUAUAGUACCUUAUAAACCUUCGAACAAUCGCCAAAACUUCCUGAUCCAACUUUUAAAUGCAAUACCUGAAACAGAGACUUUAUCUAAACCGCCAAAACUGCCCCAAACGACUCCAUAAAAGGGCCCAAAAUAAUUUUGGACAAAAACCGCCUAAAGGCAUCCGAUACAAUUCCAUUUAUGGACGAGGAAUCAUUGACGUCGUUGCUCUUAUCGAUAAUAACGUCUUUAUUGAUAGCGACGAGCUGAAUUUUCACAUUUUACCCGUUUACGUUUCAAACCGUUCCAAAUUAAAUGAAAAAUUCCUUUUUUUAUCAGAUAUUAUCCUUAAAAUAACUAACUUUGGAAAAAAUGGAUUUUUCUAUCAUGAGGUGGCUUAAAUCAUCUUCCUGUUUCAAGAAAAACUGAUGAAAGGCGCAAAUUUUCAAAAUAUUUUGCUAAAAAUACAUUUCCAAAAUGGAAUUAUUGAAAAAUAAAAUGUGGAAAAUUCCAAAUUUUUUCUCGCUGUAGCUUGAAUCUGGUCGCAUUUGGAAUGGCUCAAAUCUCACUAUUCAAACAAGUCAAAGUAACUCGAAAUAAGUGAACUUUUUUGAGACUUUUUGAUAUUGUCAAGCGAAAGCCGUUUUAGGUCCAGCACAUCUUGAAGCUUACUUUUAAGCCAUUCCAAACGCGACCAUGAACUAUUAACAAAAAAAAAAACGGAUCAGUGCGAAAAUUCAAAAAAACUUUCUUCAAAUUUCUAUUGAGCAAUGCCUACCAAAACCUAAACAUCCUCCUCCUCCCUUGCUCCCGACCUUCAACGGUUUUCGCCAAAAAAGGCCGAUUUUCGCUCAAAAGCACUCGUUUUUCUUCAUUUUUUCUGCUUUUUCCAUUCAUUUCGGGUUCCAGGAGCGAUGCCAAAGCAAAUUUUGGAGUUCAACGACUAUCUUGGGGCCGUCGCCGUCUGGUGCGUCUUCUUCUGCAUCGUCUUCCUUCUUUGCAUCGUCCUCAAUUUCUAUUGCGUCACCGAAAAAGAUGACGUCACCGUUUUGGAAGAGGUUCCUUUUAUUGACGAGAAAAAAAAACACAUAGAAAAUUGCGAAAAAUGUUCUCGUUGAACGGCUUGAGUAUAGGACAAAAGCGCCGAUUCCAAGAGCGCCGUUCAAAUUUAGCGCCAGUCCGCAAUGCGCCGUCGCGUGUAUGCGCCGUGUAUGCAGACGCCGCUUUCUUUUGCGCCGAGUCCGUUUGCGCCGAAUCGUUUUGCGCCGUUAUUUCAAACUUUUAUUUCUUCGCUCUUUUUAUAUUAUUUUUUAAUAAUUGUUUACUACACAUUCAUAUACGACUCGAAUAAUUUUCGCGCCAUCCGUUAAUGAUGAGUUUUAGGUCCACUUUGGUCCAGGUAAAAUAUUUUUUUCCCCCUUUUUUUCUUUUGAAAGUAAAAAAAUAAAAAAAGCAAAUAUGCUUUUUCUGAUUUCGAAAAAAAUACAGAAAAACGUAAGGAAAAAGAGAAUGGAUGAAAAAAAUUAUUGCUUUAAACGACAUAUUGAGUGAUUUUUUUUUGUGAUUGCAAAUUUUCUGCGUUAGGUAAGGCAAAGUUUCAAUUCUAGCAGACGUGAAACAGCAGAAAAUCGUUCUUCGUAACGUUGAACUCAUUUUCUUGAAACAAUAGUUCGAGUUUUUUCGAAAAUGCGGCAGAAAAGUCCAUAAUAACAGAUGGCGCGAAAAUUAUUCGAGUCGUAUAUGAAUGUGUACUACACAAUCAAUAAACAAUGAUGGAAAAGAGCGAAUAAAUAAAAGUUUGAAAUAACGGCGCAAAACGAUUCGGCGCAAACGGACUCGGCGCAAAAGAAAGCGGCGUCUGCAUGCACGGCGCAUACACGCGACGGCGCAUUGCGGACUGGCGCUAAAUUUGAACGGCGCUCUUGGAAUCGGCGCUUUUGUCCUAUACUCAACGGCUUCAAGUGUAGAGGACCUUUCGACAUCCACCCGACCUGAAACGACUUUGUUUCGUGCAGAUGCAUUUCAAAGCAAUACAAAGUGCUAAAAAAAAAUGAAGAAAAAUGACCGGAUUUGGAAAAAUUAUUGACAGUCUGAAGUUUAUUCUCUUUUUUUGAAUUGAGGAUUUAGAGUAAAAAAAUAUUGUAUGAUGUUUUUUUUUAUUGGCGAAAACCGGAAAAGGUCGGUUUUAAGGUUGUAUUUUUUUGCACCUUAAAAACUUUUUUUCAGAUUUUCAACUUAAAAUCGAUUAAAUGAUCGAUUUAUUCCAGUAUCGAAAUAUUUUUUUGACAAAUUUUUCUAUUUGGAAAAAAAUAGAAAAAAAGAGAAAAAUUAACAUAUCCUAACACAGCUCAAUUCAAACUUGAUUAAAUUUUUAAUAUUUUUCACCGAAAAAAAUUAUUUUAUUUUCAGCUAUUUUCAUGGAGAUCUCGAGGCGAAAAAAAUCGCUUCUAGGGUUAUUUAAAGUUUUGCGCCUAUGAAAAAAGAUUCCAAACACAUUUUUUUACCUUAAAACUGAUGCAUUAUCAAUUUUUACAGAGCGGCUAUCAGAAAACUCCUUGAAAAAAAGACUUUUCAAUGGAAUCUCUACUUGAAAAAAUAACGAAUAAUCAAUUUUUUCGAGGUAUCAACCGGAGAAACUUUUCUAGAAAAACAUAUAUUUUUACUCAAAAUGAAUUCGAGUGGUAUCAUUCAUAUGAGGAAGGUCUGAAAAUUGACCAGGACGCUCCUUGAUGUACCAGAUAAAGAUCCUGAGUGUCUAAACCUGUACAUUUUUUUAAAUAUGAAGAGACAAGGCUUAUUCUAACGCAUUUUGAAUGUUUUCAAGUCCUCAUUUUUUGAAAAAAAAUUAAAAAAAGUUUCGCAGAUCAUGAUUUUCAGGCUCCUUAUCUGGUAGGUCAAGCCAAUUUUCAGGCAAAUCCCAACCGCAAAGAAUAGUGACCUCCCUUGUACUGAAAAACUUAUUUUCCAGCUAUUUCAAUUUAAAAGUUUCAAAGCAAAAAGCCGUUUUUUGGGAUUUGAAGAGUUUCGCGCCCAUAAAAAAGAUCUUUCAACAGAUUUUCAACUAAAAAAGGAUUAAAAUACGAUAUUUUUCAGUGGGGCUACCGGAAAAACCUGAACGUGAAGUUGGGACCUCACCGCAAGUCGUUCAUCGCCCGCCAGACCCGUCAGGCCUUCAAACACGAUCAUUAA